AUAAAAAAAAACUUUAUUUUUAUAAAUAAUAAAAAGAAAAACUUUAAUAAUAUUUUUUUUUUCCUUAUAUCUAUAACUUAACAAAUAAUAAUAAAAUGGGUAUUGUUGGUGGAAUUGGUGCUAAACAUGAUGCUGAUGACUAUGUCAGAAAUCUUUGUGCUCAAAUUAAAGUAAAUGCAGAAAACAAAUUAGCCACUCACUACAACAAAUUUGAAGCAGUCUCAUACAAAAAACAAGUUGUUGCUGGUACUAACUACUUUGUCAAAGUCCACACCGAUAAUGGUUACAAUCACUAUAGAAUUUUCGUUGGUCUCCCAGUGAAUGGUAAAGAAGCUGCUCCACAACUUGUCUCUGUUCAACAAAACAAAUCAUUAGAAGAUGAUAUUACUUAUUUCUAAACAAUAAAAAUUUAUAUAGCAAAAAUUAAUUAAACCAAUAACAAUAAUAUCAAUAAUUAAUUAAUAAAAUGUAUUUUUUUUUCUAUAAUAU